UCAUACAAAAUAUUUAUUAUUACAAUCAUAGUCUUUAUUUAAUAAAUACUGAUUACUGGACAUCAUUGGAAUUUUGUAUUAAGGAGAAUGAAACACUCUUAAAACUUCUGAAACUUUUUAAGAACUUGAGAGUCGAGAGAUAAGACUACAAACAAGAAAGGUAGUCAAGUUUUAUCGACAUGGAUUGUAAUACAAGUUGUGAGCCAAUGGAUAUAGAUUUAAGUUCAAAUUCUGUAAAUGCAAUGGACAUAUCAUAUAGUGACCCUGCUCCGAACAGAGAAGAAAAUACAACAGAGUUAGUUACUUAUUCAAAUCCGAGACUAUCUACAUCAUUUAAAAAAUUGGUGGUCCAUCUGAGUGAAACUAAAUCAAAUUCCAGAAAACGGACGCAAUAUAUUUACGUAUCAGGAAUAAUAAUAUUGCUGAUAUCAUGUGUAUUAUAUCAAAUAAAUGCAAAUUUUAAAUGUCAUAGUAGUCUAAACAUUGAAAGGUUAAGUAAUAAAAUUUCAAAUAGACUUUAUGGACAAUCAACUGCUUCAUAUAAAAUUGUUAACACUUUAAGAAGACAUGAUAAGAAUAAAAUUUUAAUAUUGUAUGGAGGGACUGGUGUCGGAAAAACAUUAACUGUGUCAUUAAUUUUAGAAGAUAUCAUGAACUUCAGCAAUGUUUAUCAUUAUACCAUGCCAACUUUUGUGGACGUGUUCACAACAGACCUUCUGUUAGGAUUAACUUUGUGCCAAAACUCUAUUGUUGUUAUUGACGAUCUUAAAAACAAUGAUACAUCAAAAAUUAAAGAUAACAUAUCAAAUUUAAUCACCAAGACUAAAAAUUUGAAUAAAAAUAUAACGAUUAUAUUAGUUUAUAAUUGUGAUAUAACAAAUGGACAAUUCUUGUCUGAAUGUAUAACUUUGACAAAAUCAGAAAUGAAGAGCUUCAGUGAAAAUGACGACAAUGUAAUAGAAUACAUAGAAUUUGAUAGUUUAAAUGAAAGUACUCUCAGAAAAUGUGUUGAAUAUGAACUAGGAGGAAGAGAAAUUAGUGAAGAAAAAUUCAAGUAUAUUUUAAAAAAUUUCAAUGUUUUUCAAGAUGGCUGUAAAAGUGUUCACCAAAAAAUGAAGUAUUUGAACAUAUUAUGAUUUUAAGGUAUGAAGGAUUUUAUUAAAGUUGUUGAUAAUA